CGCGUUAUCGCUGUAGCAACGGUAAAAGUUAAUUUACCUUAUUCCGUUUGGAUCAUAUCAUAUGAUAUGAUUUAAACGAUCUAAAGGUCAAUAAUGGUCAGUCGACCUUGCACGCAGUUUUCCUAAAUCCACGAAAACUACUGAAAAACGGACGGUUAAUUAUGGAACUCAAAAAUGUAAUCAUUGUCAAUGAUCGGUGAUAUUUAUCAGUCCUAAGAAAAAUUCAAUUAUAACAUCUUAAAUCUACUAGAAAAUAAUGAACAUUUGUGCUAUUCCAAAAAUACCAUAUGACGGACAAGAACAAGAUGAAUGGAUAGCACAACACAACCGUCAUGUUACUGAAGCACGUAAACGAGACCCAGAUGUCAUAUUAAUUGGCGCUUCUAUUAUUCAGUACAUUGAAUCUUGUCCUAUAUGGAAUGAUAAAUUUAAGCCGCUAAAUAGUUUAAAUUUUGGAAUAGCUGGUGAUCGAACUGAAAAUGUUUUGUGGAGAGUAAAAAAUGGCAUUCUCGACAAUAUAAAACCUAAAAUUUGUAUUCUUAAUGUUGGAACAAAUAAUUUUGAUAAUAAUCCAUGUGACGUUUCAGAAGGUAUAUUGGCUAUUGUAAAUGAAAUAAGAUCAAAAAUUCCCAAUUGCUACAUUAUAAUAAUAGGCUUACUACCCUAUGGUCCUUAUCCAAAUCCAAUAAGAGAUUUGGGAAAUCAAGUGAAUAUUAUGGUUGGUCAAAAAGUGGGUAGUUUGACCAAAGUUGAGUUAAGCAAUCCUGAAUUACUAAAUCCAGAUGGAUCAUUAAGUCAAUUAGAUUCACCAGAUUAUCUUCAUCCAUCUGAAAUGGGUUAUCGCAAAAUAUUCAAUCCAGUUUUUGAUCGUAUUGCAACAAUUCUCAGUGAUUCAAAUAUUGAUUAAAAAAUUGGUCUAAUAUAAUUCACAUUGUUCAAUUACAACGUUAGGAAAAAUGGUGAUGGUUUCUACUCAAGGCAAGUAUUUUUUGAAAACAAAACAACUGAUGGAAUUCCAAUUACUGACUGUGCUAUAUGUACAAUUGCCUUAUCAUGCUUCAUUAUGAAGUCCAUGUAUUGAAAUAGCUAUAAAAAAAAAUACAAAUUAUGAUUAUCUACACA